AUGUCUGCCCCUGAGGUCAAGAGGGGCGAGUUUCUCUACCGCGAUACGCUUUUUGUGGACCUGGGAGAGAACAAACGCCAUCCCCGCGCCUCGGCGUCUGACCUGAAAGAGCUCCUACUUCCGAAGAAAGGCAGUGCACCCGUCAAAGAUCAAGUCGCACACUGUGCGGUUGACUACGGCCGUCGUAUCUGGCGCGCUCGCCGUCCCACCCCAUAUUUCCAAGCUGGAGACCGACAUGAAGAAGGAAUAUGGCGCGUCGGUCAGGAAGGCCAAGGCCGCCGCCAGCAAGACACAGCAGGCUCCUACGUCGACGGGGAAAAGAGGAGGGCUAGUGACAGUGGGACAGGGCAUGGAGCCACCAUCUCACUCAAGAUCGGCUAUGUCAGCCUCGAAGUUGGCCUUCCUCCAUCGGCCGGAAAAAAGAAGCAGAAGGUGGAAACCGCAGAAGCAAAAAAGAGAACCACCCCGGCACCAAAGACGAAAGCCACUUCGAAGCCAAAGACGGUAGAGAAGCAGAUUGCAAAGCCAAAAGCUCCCGAAAAAGCCUCAACAGCUAAGGCACCGAGAGCUAAGCCAUCCACCGGACAACCUGCGACGACUGCUGGGCCACCAUCGAAGCCGAUCUCUUUCAACGAUAGUCCCCGAUCAAAGCAGAUCGCCAGACGAGGUAAACCAUAUCUGCAGAGCCCGGGUACUCACAUUGACAUGGACGAUGCUCCGCCGGCAUAUGAUUCCAUCAACUUCAGUAGCCCGCCUUCUCCACCUCGGAAAAUGGUUCAAAUAUCCGGUCACUACCACAUAACUUUGCCUCGGCUCCAGGGUGCCAAUUUGCUCGCCUUCAAGAUCGACCAUGGAGCUGGACAGCUAUGGGGAAGCUUUCGCUUCGGCAACAAAAGCGGAGUCAUGCGCGUGGAUGAGUUGGAUGGCAUCGCAGAACGCCACCCGAAAUCAUUCAAUUGGCGCUCCAGAGACGAUGGUACUGGCCAAUUGAGGUUCGGACGUGGGUGUGAUGGCGAGAUCGAGUUUGAUGGCGGUGACGGGGUCCGUGGAAGCUUCUACGGCCUGAUGCCUGGGGGUGAUGUGGAUUUUGUGGCACGAUUGACGGAUAUGCACGAUGCGCCCGAUGCCCAGGAGCUUCUUAUGAGUGGGACGAUUUUCCGCGACUCGCCUAUGGUAGGGAUUGAUGUUGAACUUGGCCACUCGGAUAAGCGAAUUGAUCCAUAG